AUGCAGCCCAAAAGACCAGCUCCAGAGGCCAAGAUGCAGAAGAUCUCCACAGCCACCAUGAACUUCCCCCUUUAUAAAGAGGUAACCAGCAUGGACUCCAAGAGCAAGUGUCUGUUGACCAGGCCUUUCAGACACCAGGAAGACUAUUACAAGCCAGGAGACCUGAUUGUGGGGGGAAAUCUACCCCUCAUCAGCGCCGUUGACUUGAUGAAGUCCUUCUACAUCCCUCCCCAAGACCAGGAAUACUGCUCUGACCAGGAUAUGCCGGUGCCCAAGAACUACCAGCACAUCCUGGCCUUGGUGUUUGCCAUUGACGAACUCAAUGAGGAUCCGGCGCUCCUUCCCAACAUCACGCUGGGCUUCCGUAUAUACGAUGACAAAGAGAACGUGAGAAGAAUCUUUCAGGACAGCCUGUCUCAGCUCUCCACACGGGGGAAACUGGUGCCUAAUUACAAGUGUGAUCGGCAGGACAAGCUGGUGUCCGUCAUUGGGAGUCUAGACAUCAAAGCGUCAAGGCAGAUGGCAUCCGUCUUGGGCACCCACAAGAUCCCACAGCUCGGUUAUGGUUUGUUGAACCCUGUUUGGGGAGGACAAAGCUCCUUUCCUUCUUUCUACCGGAUUGACCCUAACGAAGCCUCGCAGUACGUAGGCUUAAUCAAGCUCCUCCUCCAUUUCCACUGGAAUUGGAUCGGGGUCUUCGCUCCAGAUGAUGAGAGGGGCCAAAAUUUCAUCCAGACCCUGCGGCCCAUGCUUGCGGAAAACGACAUCUGCGUCGAGUUUUUUAAAACGAUUCCUCGGGAUGACUUGAUGCGCGACGCCAUUUACUUUGAUGACCCGCCUGUUUAUCGCUGGGAAGCCGAAGUGGCGAUUGUCUUCGGGGACAACGUUCUCAUCGAGCAAAUAACAGGCCGCUUCUACGCCCACAAGAAAGAGACUUACGAGUCGAAUUGGAACGUUUGGACAAUUUGGAUCCUGACUUCCCACUGGGAGUUUUCUGCGAUGGGAGUCCCCUACCACUGGCGGUCUCUGAGGUUAUUGAGUGGUGCGCUGUCCUUCAGAGUCCACGCAGGAGAUGUGCCGGGCUUUGGAGAUUUGCUCGGGUCCUUGGAUCCAAAGCAGCCCCGGGGGGACGUAUUCCUCCGCGACUGGUGGGAAGGUGCGUUUUACUGCGAGUUCGUCAUAACGGACCGGUUUCCUCCAGAGGAGCUGAAAAACUGUACCGGGGAGGAGAAAGUGGAGGACUUGCCCCCGAUCUUGUUCGAAAGGAGAAUGACAGGCCGCAGCUACGGGGUGUAUAACGCCGCCUAUUCCGUAGCACAUGCAUUGCAUGUUUUGCACUCGACGGGGACAAAACGGAACGCGGCGUGGGGUCGCAAGAAACUUCUGGAUCUCCAGCCAUGGCAGACAAACCGUUUUGCCAGAUGUGUGGAGAGGUGCCUCCCAGGGCACAGCGUCAAAAUGAGAGAGGGGAAGCCUGUUUGCUGCUAUGGAUGUGUCCGCUGUCCAGAGGGGACCUUCUCUAACCAGACAGAUGCAGCCCAGUGUGUCCAAUGCCCAGACGAUCAGCACCCAAAUGAGAAACGAAACCAGUGCGUUUCCAAGAAAAUCAACUUCCUUUCCUAUCAUGAUAUCCUGGGCUUUGUUUUAGUUUUCCUUGCCUUUUUCUUCUCCCUGCUCACCUCUUUAGUCUUGGCAACCUUCAUUAAACAUCGAGACACACCCAUUGUCAGAGCCAACAACCAGGACCUCACCUACGUCCUUCUCGUCUCCCUCCUUCUCUGCUUCUUCUGUUCCUUCCUCUUCAUCGGCCGACCCGGAAAGGUCACCUGCCUUCUCCGACAAACGGCUUUCGGCAUCGUCUUCUCUGCUGCCGUUUCUUCCAUUUUGGCAAAGACCGUCACCGUGGUCCUGGCCUUCAUGGCCACCAAGCCAGGAAACAUGGCCAGGAAACUGCUGGAUAGACAACUGACCAACUGCAUCGUCCUGACCAGCCCCCUGAUCCAAGUUCUUAUCUGCGCGGUGUGGCUAGGAACCUCCCCUCCGUUCCCAAACUUGGACUUUCAUUCCCUGGUUGGAGAGAUUGUAGUGGAAUGCAACGAAGGCUCUGUCGCCAUGUUUUAUUCUGUCCUAGGUUACAUGGCCUUCCUGGCCCUCACCAGCUUCACGGUGGCUUUCCUAGCUAGGAAGUUGCCCGACAGCUUUAACGAGGCCAAGUUUAUCACCUUCAGCAUGCUGGUCUUUUGCAGUGUCUGGGUCUCCUUUGUCCCAACAUACCUGAGCACCAAGGGGAAGUUGAUGGUGGCUGUGGAGAUCUUCUCCAUCUUGGCCUCCGGGGCUGGUCUCCUGGGCUGCAUCUUUCUCCCCAAAUGUUACAUUAUUAUUCUGAGGCCCCAUCUCAACAGCAGAGACAAUCUAAUUAGGAAAAGUCUGUCCAGCUGAUAUUAGAACACAAUAUACAGGGGGUA